UAUUACUGUUCUGUGUCCCCGCCCAUGGCAUUAUGAAUUGGCAUUCCUUUCUCCGACCAAGGUUCUAGGGUGUCUACUCUUCUCGACCCGGGCCCGCACUACUCACCUUGUCACUUUUCCAACGAGAACAAUAAAUCUCCGAGCACGCUACCCAUAUUUAAAGGAGAUCACUCCGCUCCCUCACUCGUGAAUUCUGCUCUAUACUGUGAAGGUUUCCUAUCUAGUCGUCUCCUCAACUUUGUUAGUCAUUUCUGUCGAAAUACUCGUCUGUCACCCUCAACUGUUAAACUGAUACAAGCACAUCAGUGAAAGGAAACUCCACAGCAAUGGGUUGUGUACCAUCAAAGUCAGCCGCUGACCGGAAGGUUGUCCCAACGGCCGGCGAAAUUCCGAUGGCUGGCAAACCCGACAACAGUAAAACCAUCACAGGCCGCUCCAGCACCCAUCUUGAAUCCAUCCACCACCGCUGCUGGUCCCGACGGAGCGGCCUCCAACACCUAAGCAAGGAUGGAGCGAACGCUCCGCUCCAGAAUCCAAUGUGAUCUCCGAUGCUACCCAAAAGGAUGGGAAUGUAUCGGACAUUCCUCCACCUCCUAUACAGCAAAGAGGUGAUUCCGCCAUCGGACGAGGCAUUGACCGUGAUAUCAAGCCACUAGACAAACCGCUUAUGCCGCCAAUCCAACACACUGACAACCUCAACGCUGAUGCACCCAUGUUUCCCCAAGCAGCUGAGGGACCCACCAAACCCGUUGCUUUUGAAAUUCCCUUAGGUGAAAACCUUUUUGGGUCCCUGACCAAAGAGAACAGUAGCUCACUUGGUUCAAUGAACCGUUCGCCAGCGACUGUGGGUAGGCUUCCAAGUCUUGGUCUUACCAAUGACGAUAUUAAGGCCAAGCUUGCCAAUGCCGAUGCCCGCUGGAAGGUGGGUGCUCAGAUAGAUCGUCUUCUUGGGGAUCUCGAAAACGAAGAGCUCGUGCGCAAAGAUACAUCUCGCCGCCGCCGAGCCAAACCCAAAUUGAGUUCCAAUGCUCGUCCCAAGACCCGGCAAGGUCGUGAGGAAGACCCCGAAGUUCUCAAACAGCGCCUUCUGGAAAAAGAAACUCAAGCAGAAAAGAACCGACAGCGAGAACUACAAAAGCUGCAGGCCAAGCUGGCUCGUAUGGAUCAGCACGUGCGACGUGUACAGGAGCGCAAGCGGUUCCUGGAGAUGGGAUCGUCGACUGACGAUAUGAGCUUGUCCGUCUCUACAAGCAGUGUGUCGUUGGCGGUGUGACAUUGACGAUCGGUCGAGAGUUGGAUAUGAGCCCUAUAAUUUAAAUACCCUGUGUGGUCUAAUAGAUGCCUGGAUGUGAAUUUUCUAACAGAGCUGAAUUGCAAAC